UCCAUCUUCAUCAUCACUGCAGUGAAGCUGAAGCAGCAGCAGCAUCAGCACCAGCGCGAGUCUCUCUGCAUUUCAUCCGCAUCUCUGCUCCACACACCGCGGAUUCAGGACUGCAGGACAAACCGCGGACACACGAGAGUUUCCCGCGAUGCUGCCCGUGUUUUUGUUGCUGUUCGUCCGCACUGGCGCGUCCCUCCCGCAUCCGACAUCCGCGGGUGAAGUAUGUGAACCAGUUCCCUGUGAGAACAGCGCUGACUGUCCCACAACACCAGCGGAUGAAAAUGGGUCCUCAGCGUCAGACUGGAAAGAACAAUCUAUAAUUGGGCCCUGCCGGCCAAACCCGUGUCACAAUGGAGGCCUGUGUGAACUUAAUCAGACCGACCGCGGAGACGCUUUACUGGGAUAUUUGUGCAGGUGUCCGGCUGGAUUCAACGGGGUUCACUGCCAACACAAUGUAAACGAAUGUGAGAAAAACCCCUGCAGAAAUGGAGGAAGCUGCACAGACCUGCAAGCAAACUACACCUGUCUGUGUCCUGGAGAAUACAUGGGACAAAACUGUCAGUACAAAUGUUCCGGGCCUUUAGGGAUGGAAGGAGGAAUCAUCUCGAACCAGCAGAUUACAGCUUCAUCUACACACCGAGCUCUGUUCGGCCUGCAGAAAUGGUUCCCGUACUUCGCCAGACUCAAUAAGAAAGGCCUGGUCAAUGCCUGGAGCGCGGCCGAGGGGGACCGAUAUCCUUGGAUUCAGAUUAAUCUGCUGCGCAGGAUGAGGGUCACCGCACUCAUCACACAGGGCGCCAAGCGGAUCGGGAGCCCCGAAUAUGUGAAGUCAUUUAAAGUGGCGUACAGUGAGGACGGGAAGGCCUGGAGCUUAUUUAAAGUCAAGGGCACGGAUGAGGACAUGAUAUUCACUGGAAACACCGACAACAGCUCUCCCUCUGUGAACUCCUUCAGUCCACCAAUCGAGGCGCAGUAUAUCCGCGUUUACCCUCAAAUCUGCCGGAAACACUGUACUCUGCGCAUGGAGCUGCUGGGGUGUGAACUCACAGGAUGUUCAGAGCCCAUGGGGAUGAAGACGGGACAUAUCCAGGACUAUCAGCUCAGCUCGUCCAGUGUGUUUCAGACCCUCAGCAUGGACAUGUUCUCCUGGGACCCGUCCAAAGCCAGACUGGACAAACAGGGCAAGGUGAACGCAUGGACAUCCGCGCACAAUGACCAGUCACAGUGGCUGCAGAUAGAUUUGCUGAUUCCCACUAAAGUCACAGGAAUCAUCACACAAGGAGCCAAAGAUUUCGGACACGUGCAGUUUGUGGGUUCAUUUAAACUGGCGUUCAGCAACGAUGGAGAGAAGUGGAUCAUUUAUCAGGAUGAGAAACAGCACAAGGAUAAGAUCUUCCAGGGAAACUUUGACAACGAGACGCACAGAAAGAACGUGAUCGAUCCGCCGAUUUACGCUCGGUUUGUCCGCAUUCUUCCGUGGUCGUGGUAUGGACGGAUCACCGUACGGAUGGAGCUGCUGGGAUGUCCGGAGGAACAGUGAAAAACAUUUCUAACGCUGAUCUCAAGGAUGCUGACUCAAAAGCGGAGGAGGAGGAUUCUGAUUACAGUCGAUGAUUGUUUUAAUGAUGAUUGUGAUGACUGGAAAAUGUUACUGCCGAUGGGCAAAGUCCAUUGUAAAGCCACGUAUACACACUGCUAUUGAAGACUGUUUUGAUUAAGGCUUUCUUCUCUAAAUUCUAAGGGAAGUAAUGUAGUUUUUGAGUUCGAGUUUGUUCUAUAGUGAGUUCGUAGGUUUCCAAAUUCGUUCACCAUUUUACGUUUGUAUAUUACAAUAUCUCGCAACUGCAAGUAUAUUUUGAUGCCACUUUCAAAGAUAUGACAUAGCAAUUCAGAUUUUUUUUUUUCCUCACAACUUUAGCACUGUCGCCUCACAG